UAGGAUUGACUGGGAAGGGCUGCGGGUGAUGGCCAAUGAGGUGUGCUUUUAAGAAUCUGACACCAAUAUUGUUAUAUGUUGUGUAGGCUGUCUGACCUUAAUCAGCUCGGUUUUCCUAAAAUCCCUGAUAACAAGCCGGAAGGAGAUGCGCUCAAAGAUGAACAAUUGCUAAAGGACCUUCACCGUUUAUUGUUGGAGACUCAGGUUGUCGAAGGAAGACUGUGUUGCGGGAAUUGUGGUCAUGAGUACAUGAUCAAGGAAGGAAUUGCGAAUUUCCUCCUCCCUAGUCACCUGGGUUUGAUGAUCCCCUCCAUUGCAUAUAUGAACGCUUGCUAAUAAA